AUGUCCGACUUACAUAUCAGUGUGGAGAUUAACAGUGUACAGAUCAUCAAACAGAGCUAUGCGCUAUAUCGGAUAGACCUCAGUCUGACAAGAGAAGGCAGUAAGACCAGCACAUACCAGGCCUUCCGAAGAUUUUCAGAGUUUGUAAAACUGAAACAGAAUUUGGAACAGGAAAUGGGCUCAGAACUACCCUACGAACUACCGCCUAGACAAUUCAACCGGUGGCUGAAACCAUCUGGUUCAUGCGAUCCAGACGUGAUUGAAAAACGAAAGAAAGAACUGAGCAACUUCCUGCAUGAUUUGUUGAAUGACUCUUUUGAUACUCGAUGGAAGAGAUCACCAUACGUGUGCCAUUUCUUGCAGAUACCUAGUAACUGGGAAGAGCUGAAUUUCCGAACCCGAACCCAAUCUAGAGAUCCUUUAGCAGACUUCAGUGAAGAGGGUUUGGAACGUCUAGCGGACGCACAGAAGUGGCUCGAAGAAUUACGUAACUGCAAGAUUAUUUUCGCGGAGGCUUCCCGUGAUCCGACAUCUUGGAAUAAGGUCAGCGUUCAGUUGCGGCUACGCACCCAAAACUUAGAGAAAUUUCUUAAAAUUAUUGAAGCCGAGCAGCUCGUGGGUGCCUCCGAGAUUCAGAGGCGUCGCAAUCUCCUUGGCGGACUAAAAAAUGAGCUAAAUGAGAGAGUCAUGGCAGCACGCUCAGGUGCAUUUCAAGUUGUCGAUCAAGAUAAUCAAGAGCUAUUCUCAGGUGCGGAACCUGAACAGCAGAAACCCCUAGCCGGAAGAAAGAUUGGAGAAACAAACCAAACCUUAAAGUUGAAUAACCAAGAGCUCCUUCAACUUCACAAGGACACCACACAAAGCCAGGACCUAGAACUAGAGCAGCUCCGUAAGAUAAUACUGAACCAAAAAGAGUUGUCUUUGACAAUGAAUCAAGAGCUAACUCAGCAGAACGAGCUCUUAGACUUGAUGUCAGGAGAAGUGGAUUCAACCGCUAAUAAACUACGCAUGGCAAAUAGAAAUGCCAAAAGAAUCAAUGAAGGUUAG